AUGCACCGUAAAUAUUAGGAUGCGUGUGGUUUAUGAGAUGUUGUGGGGAAUUCGAGAGGAAUCCGUGCGGCUUUUCUCAAUUUACACCGUUAAAACAACAGGCGCAGGGAGCCACAGUUUAUACCAUUAUCACAAUAAGCUAAUUGGGCAAUAUCUCUAAUGUGAGACAUUGUUUGUGCACUGUAAAAACAUUUAUACUCUCAUAACCGUGCGCGCACCUCCCUUCGCUCUGUCCCUCUUGACUUGGUGACAGACCUAAAAGCCUUUUGUUGCAAUCUUAGCCAAUGGAGACGAAUUACGACACCGGGCAGCUGAGAUAUAUAAAGAGCCCCUUAUUGACCGCAGUUGCACAUUUUUCAGUGACACACCUCCAUGGACUCAAUUGCACAGAAGACCUUCAACAAAACAACCAUUAGGGCUACGUGUUAUGCUAUGAUGAAGGCUAUGCAUUCAUCAGACAGAUAAUUUAUUAACUUUCAAUCAAAACAACCUGGAACGCACUUUUUAUUUGCCGCAAAAGCUCCUGCUUCAAAACAAACAACUUUGGGGAGAUCGUACUGGAUUAGAUGCAUGUCAUUGGUCCCCUGCUUUUUUGUCGGGUAAAGCAAGGAGCUGCGCACAUCUGAGCACAUCUGAGCGAGGGGAUAUUACGGGAUAAAGGGAGUAAAAAGACAAGAAAAAGAAAAAAUUGCAUUGCCUGGUGUUUGCGCAUCGUCAUGCCGAGGUACAACUUCUUACUGUGCUUGACGGUGCUCAUCUCCCUGGGACAGUCGGGGAGCGAUGAGCCCAAUCUUCUGCUGCCUCCUGCCAGCGAGACGCCCACGAAUGCCGGACUGUCUCUGCUGGACGAAGACGCUGGUGCCCACGAGUGCUCCGCCUGUGUUUGGAGGGAGCAGAGCAAAGAGCUGAGACUGGAGACCAUAAAGGCCCAGAUCCUGAGCAAGCUGCGUCUGAAGCAGGCGCCCAAUAUCAGCCGGGAGGUGGUCAAUCAGCUGCUGCCCAAGGCGCCUCCGCUCCAGCAGCUCCUGGACCACCACGACUUCCAGGGAGAUGCGUCCUCCCAGGAUGAGUUUAUGGAGGAGGAUGAGUACCACGCCACCACAGAGUCCGUCAUCACCAUGGCUUCUGAGCCGGAGCCGCUGGUGCAGGUGAACGGGAAGCCGAGCUGCUGCUUUUUCAAGUUCAGCCCCAAACUAAUGUUCACUAAGGUGCUGAAGGCCCAGCUGUGGGUGUACCUGCGACCACUGCAGCAGACCUCCACCGUCUACCUGCAGAUCCUCCGACUGAAGCCUGUCACGGAGCAAGGCAGUCGCCACAUCCGUAUCCGCUCCCUGAAGAUAGAGCUCAACUCCAGGGUCGGCCACUGGCAAAGUAUUGACUUUAAGCACGUUUUGCAGAACUGGUUCAAACAGCCCCACACCAACUGGGGGAUUGAUAUCAACGCCUUUGAUGAGAGCGGCAAUGACCUGGCAGUUACCUCGCUGAGACCCGGGGAGGAAGGCCUGCAGCCAUUUUUGGAAGUGAAGGUUCUUGAGACAACCAAACGUUCUCGGAGAAAUCUCGGCCUCGACUGUGACGAACACUCCACCGAGUCUCGCUGCUGUCGCUACCCUCUGACUGUGGACUUCGAGGCAUUCGGUUGGGACUGGAUCAUUGCCCCAAAACGCUACAAAGCCAACUACUGCUCAGGCCAGUGUGAGUACAUGUUCAUGCAGAAAUACCCACAUACCCACCUGGUACAGCACGCUAACCCCCGGGGCUCCGCAGGGCCCUGCUGUACCCCAACCAAAAUGUCCCCUAUUAACAUGCUGUAUUUCAAUGACAAGCAGCAGAUCAUACAUGGCAAGAUCCCAGGGAUGGUGGUGGAUAGAUGUGGUUGCUCUUAGGCUGCAGAGGGAGACACACACCUGUGUGAUGCUGCCAUUGCAUCAAAACACCCAAAACCCUUAUGGGGUUCUCCCUUGGCACCAGAACCCACUCGCCUGCACCAAGUUUCACUCUUGCUCAGCCACACAACCCCACUGGGUUUCCAUUUUUUCAGUAACAAAAUUGAUUGUAAGUGUAAAAAAAAAAUUAUAAAUGAAAUAUAACUCAAAAAGGACUGAAUGAUGGAAUUACAGUACAUUGUGAAUGAUUUAAAGAGGUUGUACUUGUUGAGCAGCUUCAGAAAAUGCUAAAUGAGACAAAACUAAGUCAUAGAGUAUGUGUUAGUUUUGUGUUUUUUUAUUGGCAUCUUUGUGAAAUGUCCAGGUAAAUGGAUUAAGACACAUGAGCAUUUACCAUAUUUUAAAAGAAAUACCAGUCCUAUAGUGAAUCUGGUAAUACCUAAUUUCACAGAUACAACUAUAUACGGGUGAGAUUUGAUCCACAAGGGGGCAUGAAUUGUUAUGCAAUCCAUCACUUUAACAAAAAGAGCUAAAUCCAUGCUAAUGUGAGGAGGGUUUACCGUUAUCCUGAAUCUUGUUUACAGAUGUUGUCAGAGAUGUGCUUUAGAGUUAUUGAGAAAAUCCAAAACAAACUUAUACCUAUUAUGUAUAACACCCUAGUGUGACAUUCUCAACCAUUUCACAGUUAUGUUGUAACUGUAAAACUCAAAAAGGUAAAGGACUAUUUUAACUUCAUCUUUCACCGUGGAUGCAUGAAGUUGGUAUAGCUAUUUCUGCCACUAUACAACAGUAGAGUACACAGAUUUAGGUUUGACUUGCACACUAGCAGAACUGUAUAAUAUAGAUGCACUCUGAAGUUAUUUGGCACCGUCUAGGAGAGAAGGAGGAAAAGUCCUGUACAGUGACAAGAACCUGACAGUUUUUGUUUCUUCUGCAUAACAAUGGAAAGUCAGUUUUGUUUAAAACAGUGAAUAAAUGCACUGUUUCAUAACUUGAAGAACCUGGGACUGAGCAUGUAAUCAAACACACAGUAAAAUGCAUUACCGGAAAUAAAGCACACAAGGAGUGUCAGGAGAGUCAGAUGCUCACUCUGCUAUAACUCGAGUGGAUUGUUGAGCUGAGAAUAGCACAAGAUCAUUACACUAUGAUUACUGUAUAUUAACUAGAAGUUCACGGACUCAUACUUAUGGCAGUGUUUGUGUUAAAAAUACAAUGUCAAGCCAGUUCAUUCACUUUUUCUCAUUGCUACUUUCAGAAAAGAUAAAAUGCAAAAUCCUUUAAUUGCAGUACUGUGCUCAUAAAAACUAGUUUUUGUAAAUCACAACACACCACAUAACAUGCAAAAAAAAAAAAUGAAGAGAAUGUAACUCAACCACUGACUUUAGUUUAGAAAACCACAUGUGAUUGCAUUUUGACAUGCCCUCAUCCACUUCAGCCUCAGCUGUAUUAUCAUCAUCAUUAUGGAGAAAAUAUUGUUAGUGCUUGAACACAGAGUAGAUUAGUAUGCUUGAAGUCUGUCUUUGUUUCCUGGAUGUCAAAGCAAAGAUAUCCUUGUUGUAAACGAAAGCACUAUGCUGUUGGAUAAAGGAAGAGCCUUCUGACAUUAUAUAUAAAUGUUAUAUGUAUAUAUUAAAAAAAGGGGUACAAAACCUUUUUUGGGGCACUCUACCUUACCAACAAUAAAUUUUGCACUAUGGGACGUUCAUGGCGUGAUGAGGUAAAGUGUUGUUUGUGUUUUACCAAGCACAAAAGAGCUUGUACAGUAUAGGAUUUAAAACAAGAAAAAAAAAGCAUUCAAGCUUCUGGUGAUAAACCAUAAACCAGAAAGGUUAUCACUUCUUUUUGAUGCCAUCACGCUUUCCUGACUUUAGUCUGAAGCGGGGUCCUGUCCAUACACUCGCAUACUUCUAUCUAAUCUGGACAUACUGUACCAGUGGCCUGAAAGGCCUCCGUACCCAAUUUGGGUGAUAAGUGUCUCCAUCAGUGAACAUAGAAUGCUUUAACUGGAGAUGGCCUGCGCACCAACUUUAAUCUGCUACCGUGUUAGAGACUACGUCCUUUUGACUCGAAAGAUGUGUCGCUUGUCUUGCAUAAACCUUUUUUGCCUUUGUGCGCAUUUUAAGUGAAAACACUCAUGUAAGAAUGGGAGGAGUGUCCAGGGACUGUUAGCCAAAGUAGAGGACGACAUGCUGUGUGCUGUAACUUUUUGUGAUCGCAGGAAUAUGCUUGAACAUUUCAAAGGGAGGAAACCAGAUAGUUUAGGGGCAGUGGUGGGAAAUAAUUCAACUGGUCAAUUGUCUAUUUAUUAAUAUUAAUUACAAUGCAUUUUAAAGUCUGUCUACCUCACUUUAGUCUUCUAAAAUCCUUGCUUUUUUAAUUUGUCAUUAAAUUAACCUGUACAAACAUUCAACCUUUAAGACCCAGCCCCCAAAAAUGUAGAUGAAAACCAGAGUCCCUUUGCUCUCAGGUUCAGAUUGAGUUACUGACAGAGUAACUGAUGCUAAUGGCUCUGCUAUUGUGGUCAAAAGAAAUACUGAGCUGUGCCCACAUCUAUGGUUAAAGCUGUUGAAAAGUUGCAUUUUGAAUUUUGAUGUUUGUAUACUGGUAUGUGUGAGAAUGUUUUCAUAUAAAUCUAUGAGAGUAAGAAAUCUCUAUGUAAAUACCUACCCAAAUAUUAACAUUUAUGAAGUUUUGGACAGGUUCACCGCUUCUCAUGUUUUUCUCACUUUCCCCCUUCAUCCCUUUGUUCUUUGUGUAAUUAAAAAAAAUCACCCCAAGUUUGUAGUUGUGCAUAUGAAUAACUGUUCAAUUGUUAUUUUGGACUUUUGUUGUUUAUUUACUGCCAUUUUUUA